UAUUAACAUAGAACAAAAACACAAAAGACAAGUACACACUGAGAGUGUCCUAAUGGCGUUGAGUACCGAGAGGAAUGUAGGGGUGGCUGUGGACUUCUCAGAGGGCAGCCAAGCAGCCCUUAUGUGGGCAUCAGACCAUCUUCUCAGGGCUGGAGACAAGCUUGUUAUCAUCCACAGUGAAGUCUGUUUCCAGAAGGAACAGGGGGCUGUGCAUCUCUGGGAGUCCACUGGCUCUCCCUUCAUUCCUUUGAAUGAGUUUGAUGACCCUGGCAUAACAAAGAGAUAUGGUGUUAAGCCUGACUCUGCCACCAUAAACAUCCUCCAUCAACUAGCAAAGCAGAAGGGGAUUGAAGUAGUGGUUAAGAUAUACUGGGGUGAUGCUGGGGUGAAGAUAUGUGAAGCUGGUGAGAAAGUUCCACUUCAGUGUCUGGUGAUUGGGAGCAGGGGUCUUGGCAAAGUUAAGAGGGCUUUACUGGGGAGUGUGAGCAGCUAUGUGGUCCAUCAUGCUAUGUGUCCUGUGACUGUUGUUAAGAGCUCACCUUCUAAUUGAUAGUUAAAUUUCAAAGAUGUAUGUUGUUUGUGUAUGUAGGAUGUAUCUCUUAACUCAAAAGCAUCCAUCUAUUUAAAUGAAUAAACAAAUAAAGUAGUAUGUCUGUCUAUUCCA